UAUCAUUUUCAUUCAAUACGAUAGAAACACAUCAAUUAUUGACGCAACCAAGGCUGCCCUUUACAAAGACCUUGGCUACCAAGCUCUUGGAUAUGGCUUGGAGAGCAUCAGCAAGAAUUAUCACCACACCCUUGAGAUAUAGCCCCUCUCAGCAGGCUCAGCCCUUUCUCCGCUUCUCACAAUCCUAUUCUUCAACGGAAUUAACCAUGAAGAAAGACUGGAGUUCAGAGCAAUACCUUAAAUUCAAUGCUGAGCGCACCCGCCCGGCCCGAGACCUUCUCUCACAAGUCCAGUUACACUCCCCAAGACGGGUUGUCGACCUAGGAUGCGGACCUGGCAACUCCACCGAAGUGCUUGUAGAGCGCUUUCCAGAGGCCGAAGUCUUAGGGGUGGAUUCGUCGCCUGACAUGAUAGCAAAGGCGAAAUCCACGCUCCCGCAACUCGAGUUCCUGCUGCAAGAUCUGGUCACAUACAAGCCAACCGAGGCCGUGGAUUUGUUCUUCUGCAACGCCGUGUUGCAGUGGCUCCCACCUGUUCAGAGAAUCAGCAUCACGACGACUUUAAUCCAGUCACAACCCCCAGGCGGCGUAUUCGCAUUCCAAGUCCCGGAUAACCUAGCCGAGCCAUCCCAUACCUCGAUGAGAGCUGUUGCGGAAAGGGAACCGUUCGCCGGACUCCUCCGCGAGCACCAGCCUGUGCGCAGCCAGAUCGAAACGCCACAGCAACUGUACGACCAGCUGGGCCCCUACUGUUCCAGCAUCAACGUUUGGCAGACGCGGUACCAGCACGUACUCGACAGUCACGAGGAAAUUGCCGAGUGGGUCAAGGGCACUGGGUUGCGGCCGUUUGUUGACCCGCUGCCGGAGCGCGAGAGACGGGCUUUCCUUGAUCAGUAUCUCGGAGAGCUGAAGGCGGUGUAUCCCUUGUCGUCUGAUGGUAAGGUGCUGUUCCCGUUUCCGCGCCUCUUUGUUGUUGCAGUGCGAAAAUGAUUCUCGCUGGGUACGCUGGGUAUCGUCUUUGUCUUUUUUGUGGUUCUUUACGCUCGACAGAGCUAGCUAGUGAUACUGCUGUUGCCUUUAGCUCCGGCGGAGAAAGCAAUUUUGAAAUGGCUUUUCAGCUGGAGUGCAUCAGGUUUAUGUCCAUAGUCGAUAAUCUAGAGCAAAGGUCACCACCCGCAAAC